AUGAAUUUCGAAUUGCCUAAGGAGCUAGUCCAUUACAUUGAGUCGAUUGAGCGUUUUGUUGAGAAAGAAAUCUUGCCAUUGCAGCAUGCAGACGACAACAACCGGUUCUUCGACCAUCGACGCGAACACUCGCGCACGGAUUGGGAUCACGACGGCAAUCCAAGGCCAGAAUGGGAAGAUCUGUUGAAUCAGGCCCGCAUCCUCGCCGAUGAAGCUGGCUUCUUCCGGUUUGCGCUGCCCAAGCAAUACGGGGGCCAGGGGCAUCCAGACACCAAUCUGUGGAUGUCAGCUAUUCGCUUUCAUCUCUCCUCACAUCCUGUCUACGGGGGCGGUCUCGGUCUCGCCAACGAUCUACAGAAUGAGCACAGCAUUGUCGGCAAUUUCCCCGACGUGCUCAUGCUUCACCAUUUUGGGAACUCCGAACAGCGCGGCGAAUUCAUCCCAGCCCGCCUGCAGGGAGAGUUUCGAACAACCUUUGGUCUGACUGAGCCGGAUCACGGAAGUGAUGCUACGUUCAUGACAACGAUAGCUCGUCGCCAAAGGGACGGAUUCGAAAUCAGCGGCGCCAAAAAGUGGCAAACGGGGGCCCACCACUGUACACACUUUUUGAUUUUCGCAAGGACCUCCGGCUUAGCGGGCUCUUCCCGUGGUAUCACCGCGUUUCUGGUGCCUCGUGAAACCCCAGGUAUCAGAAUCGCCAGCUAUGAGUGGACUCUGAACAUGCCUACCGACCAUGCCACCGUCGAGUUGAAUCGAGUGUGGGUCCCUGACUCGGCGGUGCUAGGUGCUGUCGAUCAGGGAUUGGCAAUCGCGCAGACAUUUGUCCACGAGAACCGUAUACGCCAGGCGGCAAGUUCAUGUGGUGCUGCCAAAUUCUGCCUCGACCGCAGUAUUGAGCGUGCACGCUCGCGUCAAAUUUGGGGCGAGGGCAAGAUGCUGGCCGACAACCAAGCCAUUCAGUUUCCCGUAGUGGAGCUGAUGACGCAGGUCGAGAUGUUGCGUCUGCUCAUUCUCAAAACCAGCUGCGACAUGGAUCGCAUCGUGGCUGCCAGCAAGGCGGGCGACAUCUCUCAACCGCCUUUGGUCGCGAUAGAACGUCAGCUCAGUGACAAAGUGGCCAUGUGUAAUUUCUGGGCCAACCGCCUAUGUUGCCAGGCUGCCGACCGUGCCAUUCAAAUUCACGGUGGCGACGGCUAUUCCCGUCAUUAUCCAUUCGAACACAUUUAUCGUCACUUUCGACGGUAUCGCAUCACGGAGGGGGCCGAGGAGAUUCAGAUGCGGAAGAUCGCAGCUUAUCUCUUCGGUUUCGUCGGGCCCAAGAGAGACAUUAAAGCUGGCCGUGGAGUUCCCUCCAAGAUCUGA